GCCGUGACCACCGUGGUCGGAGCCACCACUUGGGGUACCACGCUGGGGAUCAUUGCGGCCAGGCUGGGUCAUGCGGUGCGGUUGUUGUGCCGCACGGCUGAGGAAGCCGACGGACUGCGAAGGGAUGGCGAACAUAUGCGUCGCCUGCCUGGAUACCGAUUUCCGCCGGGGCUGACGCUGGAACACGAUCCGGCGAGGGGGCUGGAUGGCGCUGCCCUGAUAAUCGUGGCGUCGCCGUCGGACCGAUUCCGGCAGAAUGUGCAGCGCAUCGCUGGGUCGGUGGCCGGCGACGCAGUGGUGCUGAGCGUGACCAAGGGUUUCGACCGGCCCGGCAGUCUACGCAUGACCGAGGUGAUGGCCCAGGAAUUGCCGGGACUGGACGCCGGGCUGUUUGCCGCGCUGUCGGGGCCAAGCCUGGCCGACGAGGUGAUCGCCGAAAAACCGGUGUCCAUCGUGGCGGCUUCGGAAAGUGAUGCCAGCUGCCGGCUGGUUCAGGACACGCUGAUGUCGCCAAUGUUUCGCAUUUACACGAGCGACGACGUGGUGGGGGUAGAACUGGGGGGCGCGUUGAAGAACAUUGUGGCGCUGGCCGGGGGCAUCGCCGAUGGUCUGGAUGCGGGAGAUAGCGCCAAGGCGGCGCUGGUUACGCGGGGGUUGGCAGAAAUCAGCCGGCUGGGUAUUGCCGCGGGGGCGCGUCCGCUGACGUUUGCCGGUCUGGCCGGCCUGGGUGACGUGAUGGCGACGUGCGCCAGUCCCUACAGCCGCAACCGUCGUGUGGGCGAGGAGCUGGGCAAGGGCCGGCGUCUGGAGGAUAUUCUGGCCGGCAUGGACGCGGUGGCGGAAGGCGUGAAUACCACUCUGGGCGCUCUGGAACUUUCGGAGCGGCUGAACGUGGACAUGCCGAUCACGCGGUUGAUGGCACGGGUGUUGUUCGAGGGGUUGCCGGCGUCGGAUUGCAUUCCUGCGUUGAUGGAGAGACCGCCGCGUCCGGAGUGGUAG